AUGAAUGACGAUUACAAAUCAGUAAAUGGCGAAGGUUCUCAUGAAGUCUUGAUAGAAGGGCACGACGUUUAUGAAGAAACCAUCGGAGAAGAGCAAAUAAUCUAUUGCGAUGAAGACUUUGAUGGCGAUCCGGGAACGAUUUUUCAAGGAGAAGAAGAAGAAGAGGAAGAAAAAGUAGAGCCAACUGAUGUUCCGUGUUAUGUUAUGGAAGGAAGUUAUUUUACACAAGAAAGUAUAGAUGCUGCUAAUCAGGACCACUCAGUUUGCUAUUUCUGCAAAGAAGAUUUGAAGAACAAACGAUUCUACGUUCAUCUUUUCGAUCAUCAUGGGUUUACGAAACAGCAAUGCGAAGUCAUGAAACAACAUAAGCGUUUGGAGAAUCAUAAAGGAAAUUCGGGGAAAAAAAUUAAAUCUCUACAUUCAUGUGUUAAUUGUGGGAUGGAAUUUAUUACAAAAACCGGUCUAAAUAAUCAUCUGAAAAAAGAUAACACUCCAUGUGGCCGUAUGUUAGCAAAUGAGGAAAAUGGUCCAGGCGCCAAUAACAUAGUUUGUCCGGUUUAUGGAUGUACUUCUCGAUGGACAACCUAUCUAGAACUUGCAGUUCAUGUUGACUGUGCUCAUCGAGAUUUGGUCUGUCCAUCCGAAAUCUUCAUGAUUCGUAGAAAGACUUUCCCAGAUAAAGCUACUUUUUUGAAAUGGAAGAAAGAAAUGGAGAAAGAGACAACAUCGGAAUUCUUUCUUCGUACAUCUCAAAAAGUGAAUUUCGCCGUACGAACACUUCUCUACAAAUGUCUCUGCUCGAAUUCUCGUGGACAAACGAAACGAGCGUGUGAGCAGUGUCCAGCAUUCAUCAAGUGCUGUCAGAGAAAUCACGGACAGUUUGAAGUCGUCGCAUGCUUCGGACAUCUGGGACACGAGCAUCCAACUGAAACUCCAAAAGCUAUUGAGUUCAGACAUUUGGCUAAUCAGGAGAGGAGUAAUUAUCCAAACAGAGUUCGAAUUCCAAACCAAGUAAUCAAUCGUCGCCAGCACGUAGAUCAGUAUGGAAACUCGACUCACAGCAAUGGAAUGAUGAUUCUGAUGCCAGGAGAAGUUGAAGAAGAGGAUGAAUUCUCGCAAGUAAUUGUCGACGAUGACGAUAUCGUUGGUCCAAGUGAUCCGAAGACGUCAGUUUCAGAAAGACAAGUGUACAUGUCGUCGAGUCAUCAUUAUCCAAGAUCUUCUCAUUACUAG